AUGGCCGCUCCUGUCUCUCGCCAGAUCCUGGUGUGUUUCAACCACUUGCUGCCCGACAUCGCGGCGCGCGGCGUGCCGCUGGAGAGGCUCGGCUUCGAGCCUGGCGACUGGGGCAGCGGAGUCGCCUCGGCUGUCGCCGUGGCGCGGACAGUGGCCGCGCUAUCCAGCCAGCCCCGUCGCUCGAGCUUGGCGGUCGCCCCGAGCGACGAGAACGCUGCUGGCAUCGCGUCGGCGCUGAGCUCCAUCUGGGUGGCGAUGCAGGAGCAGAUGCACGGGCACCGCGCGCAGCUCAAGACAGCGCUCCGCGACGAGGCAUCAAAAGUGCGGGCGCUGAGCCAGGUGAUGGAGCGAACUCUUCGCGGAGGCGUACCCGUGCAGCUGGGCUUCUCCGACUUGGAGGAGUGGUUGGCAUCGAGUGACCCUUUCCGGUCGCGCUUUGCCAGAGGCGUGCGAGGCCUCGGCGACAUGCUCGGCGACCGCUGCACGUGCGGCGCGGUUUCUUUCCGCAGUCGCCAGCCUCGCUUCGGCGACCUCAAGAACUCCGCCGCCCAGAAGUUCCUCAGCGGGGGCAUCGCCUGCGCCGGGCAGGGGGUUCUGAUCCGAGUCAACGGCGCGCUCGAUGACGACAACUCCAGCGACCUCGUGUACCUGGUGGCCCCUGUGGACGCGCCCUUGAACGUCCGCGAUCGCAUGGCGCUGGUGGUCGAGGAGGGCGCCCUCGAGGCCGCGGCGGAUGAGAUUCUGGACAUCGCAGGCGGCAAGAAGGGGCCGUUGUUCGUGCGCGCAGCGCACUUCGGCGAAUUCCACAUGCGCGCGUCCGUGGUGGGCGAGGAUCGACAAACCCUUCGCAUCCAGCGAGGCUCGUUCGCAUCUGGCCGGGUGCUCGUCUGCGUGGGUGAUGAUGUCGGGGCAGAGUCCAAUGCCAUCGGAGUCCUUCUCAGGAGCCUGGGCGAGGUGCUGUCGCUGGCCUGCCGCGCGCUGCUCCCCGCCCACUGCUGCGCGGCCGAACUCGAGCCCGACGGCGCCAACCAUCUGUCGGGGCUGACGACGGGCGCCGCGGCAGCAGUCGCGCAGAAACUGGGCGAGAACUUGACGCCCGACCAGAUGUCCCUCGUAGAGUGCAUGGCAGCCUCCAAGAGAGGCGCUUUCUUUUGCGAGGCGUACCCGGGCACUGGCAAGUCGCUCACCGCCGUGGCGGCGCUCCUCAGCGCCCGCGACGUUUUCGACGAGAAGGUGAAGGGCGUUGUGCUACUGCAGCAGCGGACGCAGCGAGACGAGAUGCUGAGUUUGAUCCGCAGCGCGCUCGACGACCCAUUCGAGGCCGCGGCGAUCGGCCGCCCGGCCGGCGAUGAUUUGUCCGCGGACGAGGGCUAUCUCGACCCGGCGUUGCUCCGCGCGCUGGACGACCGCACCGAGAGCAUCAAGGGCCGCAUCGACGACCUGCGGGCACAUUUGCAGACGUCGCAGGAGCACUUCGAUCUUGCCGCCCCCGAUGGCAAGGAAUGGGAACUCCAGAGCGAAGAGAUGCUGGCCUUGACGUUUCAGUACCGCAACCUCGUGGAGGAGGCCAGGGGCGCGCCCUUCGGAGGAGUCAGCAUAUUCGUCAUGACGGUCGACUGCUUCCUGCAGAUCUGCUGCGGCAGAAAUUGGUUGUCCCCAGUCUUCCGGAAGUUCGAAUUCAGGCUGGGUGUCGUGGACGAGGCUCGCCAGAUGGAUUUCGCCCACUUGCUGCCCGUCGCGCGUCGGCUUGGCACUGCCUUGGCAAUGUUCGACAGAGCCCAGGACAUCGUACACUCGAGGGCCACAGAGUUUCUGCGGGGGCAUUCGCCUCUGAGCUUCGGGCAAUAUUACGCCUGGAAUCAGGCGUGCCAUGGGCCUUGCCCGCUGCGCCUCUGGGACUACGUCCCACUUUCCCACGUCUUUACUCUGUCAGUCACUUGGAGGUUCGGGCCCCUGCAGUGCAAGUUCAUGCGGGACACCUCCAGGGAGCGCGGUCGCAAGGAGCACCCGCUCGUGUGCGCGCUGGACCACGACGAUCGCGAGCGGUACGCGAACCUUGCAGAUGUACCUCGGACUGCCGUGAGAUUCGUGCGCUACUCGGGCGCGCGCUGGUUUCCGGCUGUGACCCGCGGCGUCCUCGCUGCGGACGCCGAGGCCAUCGGCUUGGGCGCGCGCCGGAGAGCGCCCGACCGCGGCGGCGGCGCGGAGGAGGCUCCGCGGGCGGCUGCCUGCAAGCCUGUAUUCGAGCAGAUGCUGUUCGAGGGCUUGCUGCUCCUGCGCGCGAUGGCACUGGGCCGCGUUCUCGCGCCGGGCGGCACUCGCUCGGCAACUAUUGCACGUGGCACGAAGGCGAUUCUGACCAUGGUGUGGGCCAACGACGUCAGGGUGAACUUCGACGUCGUCGUGCGGGGCGCCCUCGAGAACGCGGCGCUCAUGGAGUCGUUCGGCAUGCCCGCGGAGGCCUGCGACGCUCCUCACCUGUGGAGAGUUCUGACGCCAGAAGCCGCAUCUGGAGCUGAUGCGCCGCUUCAGCAAACCACAGUGUUCCCCCGGAACUUGGGCGCGUUCGACGUUCAGGGCAACGCGCGGGACGCGAUGCGCAGGAACGUGGGCUUCGCUCGAGGCAUCCUGUUCGCGUCCUCCCACGAGUGCGUCGAGUGCUUGGAGGAGGGCCGCGCGGCGCCGCACUGGAAGGCGCACUUCGAUGCGAGCCAGCGCGAUCGCGCGCUCGUGGUCUGGGAGUCCCCAUGCAAGUCGGGCGGCCCGACGCGGCCAGUAGACCCGCAGUGGAUCGACAGGAAGUGCGAGCUGGAGUGCGCCAACCGUUUGUUCGACGCCGUCAGGGCCUUCCUCUGGCCGUUGCCGAAGGUCGUGGCCGACGUGCGGAUGGCGGAUCCGUGGCCUGCGAGUUGCGCGCGCCCCCCCUCGCUGACGCUCGUGCAGGCGAUCCAGCUCGGGUGCGCGAACCUCUUCGACGGCGGCGGGGCCCUCUCCGAUGUCGCGCAGUCGCCGACGCCGAACCCGGUCGACGGCGCGAGCUGGGUCAGCGAUUCAGACAUGCAUGGGCUGGCGCCCGACCGCGAAGCUCUCCAGAUGUCUCUGCCGCAAUUGCUGAGGCCGAUCGGAGUGCGCGUGAACAGCGGCCUGGCCACCGUCACCGCGCACUUCUUGGACGCAUCGCCCCGCCCCGAUGCGUCCUGUCCAACUCCGGAGGUAGCGGCGCGCGUCGCCGCGGCUGGUCGCGUGGCAGCGCUGCAGCCCAUCCGGCUGUUCCCUGAGACAUUUUCUGAGGGGCGCCCCAUCUACGCCGGGCUCCUCCCGUGCAAGCGCCUCCGCCUCGGGGGCGAUGCAGAGGAGCAGGGCCGGGAGGCGCGGACAGCGCUCGCAGUGGCGCUUGCGAAGGGUAGCGCCGAGACUCGGGACGUCGUCCCGUGCCAGCGCGUCGGCAACCCGGACGCCCUGCAGCCGCCGAACACAUGGCCGACGUUGUUCAAGAAGAUGCCGCUGCACGUCGCGCAUUGCGCCCUCGCGACGAUGCACUUCUUGGCGGGGACCUUCCUCGACGAUGCCGCGGUCCACGUGCGACCUCGCUCCCUUUCAGAGGAUGAUAAGGCUGCGGCUGCCGAGGUGCGAGACGACGUGGUCUACUGCGUGAACUCGAUGGUCACUCUGCUCCGGCGGCGCCCGGGCCUGACUCGGGGCGCGGUUCUGCCGCCGGCCUCGCCUUCCGCGGCGGCGACGGCGGCGCGCGCCGACCUCGGCGACUCGUUUCAGUGUGUCCUUUGCGACGGCACUUGCAAGUUGCUCGAGUAUCGCGCUGUCACGGGGGACAUGGUCACCCUGCCGUGUCCGCUCUGCGAAGUGUGCUCUGUGUGCGGCGGCACUGAGACCUGGGAUAAGUUCGACUCCCAGCUCCCUUGCCCGCUCUGCGUGGACUGA